AUGAACAUUGCUCUAAUUCAUCCAGAUCUUGGUAUAGGUGGGGCUGAAAGAUUAGUCGUGGAUGCAGCUGUUGAACUUGCAUCUCAUGGUCAUAAAGUUCAUAUUUUUACUGCACAUCAUGAUAAAAAUAGAUGCUUUGAGGAAACCAUUUCUGGUAUCUUUCCGGUUACUGUUUAUGGUUCCUUUCUUCCCCGUCAUAUAUUCUACCGUCUUCAUGCAUUGUGUGCAUAUCUCCGGUGCCUUUUUGUUGCUUUCUGUGUUCUUUUCAUGUGGCCCUCGUUUGAUGUAAUACUGGCUGAUCAGGUCUCCGUGGUUAUCCCCAUCUUGAAACUUAAAAGGUCGACAAAGGUUGUAUUCUACUGUCAUUUUCCAGACUUGUUACUGGCUCAACAUUCGACUUUCCUCAGGAGGAUGUACAGAAAACCAAUAGACUACGCAGAAGAAAUAACAACUGGAAUGGCCGAUUUGAUACUCGUUAACAGCAAAUUCACUGCAUCUACUUUUGCAAAUACUUUUAAGCAUCUAAAUGCUAAAGGAAUUCGACCAGCUGUCCUAUACCCAGCAGUCAACGUGGAUCAAUUCAAUGAACCCACUUCCUCUAAGUCAAAUUUUCUUUCCAUUAACCGCUUUGAAAGGAAGAAGAACAUACAACUAGCAAUAUCAGCUUUUGCUAUGCUUUACUCGCCUAACGGAGCUUUAAAAAAUCGAGAUAAUACUAGUGCUUCUUUGACUGUUGCAGGUGGCUUUGAUAAACGGUUGAAGGAGAAUGUGGAGUACCUAAAAGAGCUUAAAGAUUUAGCAGAGAAGGAAGGGGUCUCUGAUAAAAUAAAUUUCAUCACAUCUUGCUCGACAGAUGAAAGGAAUGCUCUUCUUUCAGAAUGCCUGUGUGUCCUUUACACGCCAGAGAAUGAGCACUUUGGCAUUGUUCCUUUGGAAGCAAUGGCAGCUUAUAAACCUGUAAUUGCAUGUAAUAGUGGUGGUCCUGUGGAGUCAAUCAAGAAUGGUGUAACCGGCUUCCUUUGUAACCCUACACCACAAGAGUUUUCCUCAGCAAUGGCUAACUUCAUAAAUGAUCCCCUGGGAGCAGAAAAAAUGGGCAAAGAAGCUAGGAGGCAUGUUGUCGAGUCAUUCUCUACAAAGACAUUUGGCAAGCAUUUAAAUAGAUAUCUUGUUGACAUUCACCGAGGAAAGGAGGAUUGA